GGUAAAUACGCCUCCAAGCUCUCCGGAGCCCGCAUCCUGAUCCUGGGCGGUACUUCCGGAAUUGGUUUCUGCGUGGCCGAGGCGUGUGUCGAGCAAAACGCCACCGUCAUCGUAUCCAGCUCCUCUCCGGCCAAGAUCUCCAAAGCCAUUGAGCGCCUCAAGACCUCCUACCCCGACAAGAGCGCCAACAUCAGCGGCCAUCCCUGCGACCUCUCGAAGCCCGCCCUCCUCGAUGCCAACCUCAGUGCCCUCCUGAACACCGUCACCGACGGCGCCAAAGCCAAACUCGACCACAUCGUCUACACGUCCGGUGAUGCCCUGCAAAUCGUCCCCCUCUCCGAGUACACCAUCGAGAACAUGUACGCCGCCGGCACCGUGCGCUUCUUCGGCCCGCUCCUCGUUGGCAAGCUGGCCCCUGCCUUCAUGAACCCCGGCCCGACCUCGUCCAUCACCUUCACCGGCGGCACCAACAGCGACAAGCCGAACAAGGGCUGGGUCGUGGUGGCGGCGUACGGCGCGGGCAUGGAGGGCAUUGCGCGCGGGCUCGCCGUCGACCUCGCGCCGCUGCGCGUCAACAUGGUCUCGCCGGGUGCGACGCACACGGAGCUGUUUGGCGACAUCCCGGAUGCCGUACUGCAAAGUUUCGCGGCGGGAACGCUGACGAACACCGUGGGCAAGCCAGAGGAUGUCGCGGAGGCGUACGUGUAUGCAAUGCGGGAUCGGUUCAUUACCGGAACGGUGAUCUCGACGGAUGGCGGGCGAUUGUUG